UUCUGACUAAACUCUGCCCUCCCCGGAACCGUUUCCCCCCCCGCCGCAGCGUAGCGGUCUUAUGGUCUUCCCCACAAGCGUUCUCGGGGAGCGGCGGAGGACUGCGGCCCAGGGCGGGUGGAGACGGCAGGGCCCGGCCCGGCGGGGCUGUGAGUGCGGGUGGCGGGGUGUGAAGUGUGUCAGGGGGGGCUCGGCUGGCCCCACGUCCCAGCCCGCGGACACCAAUUCAAGGCGUAAGGCCCGAAGCCAGUUCAGCUGUUAAUCUGCUUUUACACAGAGGAAAAGGAAACAAAAAGGGUAUUUGUGCCUUUUGGGGGUGUGGUGGAUGUUUAUUGUACCCCUCCUCGCCCCCCGAGGUCAGGUAUCUGAAGCUGUUGAGGCACCUGGAGUUUGAAAUGAGGUGGAAAUACAUCUGUAAAUGAGGUAGGAACUAAGUCUGGGAAGACUUGAGCCUGGAGAAGGCACACCCUGCAAGGCAAGACAGUGUUACGAGUCGUGCACGUGGAAGUUCUGCUCCUGACGCAGCUUUCCAAAGGUUGUCCUGCUCCUACAGACCGGCCAGGCUCCUCUUCCGGACAAUACAGCAGAUACAUAAAUGACUGGGGUGGCGUACCGACGUAUUUAAAAUGUCGAUGGAUAUAACUUUCCUCGGCACAGGCUCAGCAUAUCCCUCUCCAACAAGAGGAGCAUCGGCGUUAGUGCUUCGCAGGGAAGGAGAGUGCUGGCUCUUCGACUGCGGAGAGGGAACUCAAACACAACUCAUGAAGAGCCAUCUCAAAGCAGGCAGAAUUACCAAGAUUUUCAUAACUCAUCUUCACGGUGACCACUUUUUUGGACUUCCUGGCCUGCUGUGCACGCUUAGCCUCCAAAGCAGCCCUGAUGCAAACAAACCACCUGUGGAUAUUUAUGGCCCAUUAGGACUGCGAAACUUCAUCUGGAGGAGUAUGGAGCUCUCCCAUUCACAACUUCUCUUUCCCUACACUGUUCAUGAACUGGUACCUACACAGGACCAGUGCCCCGCAGAAGAAUUCAGAGAGUUUUCUUACCUGGACAGAGAUGAGGUAUUUCCCCAGGGAGCACAAGGGAGAAAAAUCCACCUGGAUCCAGUAGAAAACUCUUACUUGCUGGUUGAGGAUGAGCAGCUGGUUCUGAAAGCGUUUCGCCUAUUUCACCGCAUUCCUUCGUUUGGUUUUGCGGUAGAAGAGAAACCCCGGCCCGGUAAACUCAAUGUACAGAAACUGAAAGACCUUGGAGUUCAACCAGGUCCUUUAUAUGGGAAACUGAAGAAUGGAACAGCAAUCGUUCUAGAGAACGGAGUAACGAUUUCUCCUUCUGAUGUCUUAGAAGACCCUAUUCCUGGAAGAAAAAUUUGCAUUUUGGGGGAUUGUUCAGGAGUGGUUGGAGAUGCGGCCAUGAAACUUUGCUGUGAAGCAGAUGUACUGAUACACGAAGCCACUUUGGAUGACACCCAAGAGGAAAAGGCCAGAGAGCAUGGUCAUAGCACUCCAAAAAUGGCAUCGGAUUUUGCAAAAUCGUGUAAAGUUAAGAAGCUGGUUUUGACUCACUUCAGUCAGAGGUAUAAACCGGCUGCUCAGAGAGGUGAGGGAGAUACGGACAUCACCGAACUGAAGAGACAGGCAGAGUCCGUGUUAGAUGGUCAAGAGGUAGCACUAGCUGAGGAUUUUAUGACAAUAGAAAUUCCAAUGAAAAAAUAAAAAUAGUAGUGUUAGCAAGCUCUGUAUGAAGCCAUAAAGCAGGAGGGUGUUGGAUAGGACUUAAAAAUAAUGGUAGGGUUGCUGGUAUCCAAAGUAAUUCUCUUCUGUGGCAUGCAGAGAGCCGUUGCAAACCAGAGAGACUACCAGGCACAGUUAGCGUUGCUUUUGUAAAGCAAGAAAAAAGGAUACUCGAACAUCUGGAACUUGGAAUAAAUUUGUAAGCAAUGGUUUCGGACAUCUAGCCUCCCCAGAAACCGAUGGCAUGGGCUGGCGCAAGCCUUCACAGCCCAGGGGUUUUCCUUGGACCAUAGAUUCCUAGAGCAGAGCGCUGGAUCAUUUGGCUUAAUAAACCCCAGGAAGAUUUGUGUUGUGCGCCACAAUUUAAGAUGUCUUGCCUCUUACCAGCUUACUUCAAACUUGUAUAAAGUAUUUUGUAACUGUUAGCCGAUUUCCUUGUAAGAGGACGAUUACACUGGAACUGAUAAAGUAUUUAUAACUCUGCCAAGUGUUUGUAACUGGGCGUGUUGCUGUGCUCAAGUUGAGGAGCUCUUAUAGUUUUCUCUUUAUAAGAUAUAGUUCAGACUUCCUGUCAAAAGUGAAUCACUCUUAACGAUUUUAUUCAUUUAAAGCUCUGAAGCAUGAGCCCUAAUUUUGCAUACCUGUAAAGUUUUGGAAGUAUGCUCUGGAAGUCUUUAGGCAGAGUAGUUUUUCCUAUGGUAUUCCUCCAAGUGCAUUUUUAAGACAAAUUAUCCUGAUAAAAGCGUAUUUGUGUUUGUAGAAAUACCCCUACAGGAGGAAUUCCACCUCUAUAGCUCAGUCCGUUUCUGCAAUGACUUUAUUCUUUCAGUUAAGGGACAUGUAUCUCCUUUUUCUUCCCACCUCAAAACAAACUAGAAGUUGGAGUUUCCCAAAUUUUAGUUCAAUUCUCUGGUCAAAAGUAAAAUCAGUGUUUUUGAAGAAUCUAUCUUAAAUAUAUUUUUCCCCUAGCAUGGAUUCCUGAAAGCUGAAAAACUUCAUAGCUUUCUAAUAAACACGGAAUACUCUGGCAGGUUUAAGUACAGCUGAUAGAGUUUGUGCUUGUACUUUGAGUUGAUAGUAAUACAGAUGGAAAAUGAAUGGGGUUUAAUAUACAAUUUUCCUCCCUGCUUUAAAUGUAGAAUAACAAAGCUCUAAAAAAAAAUGAAAACACUCCCACUCUUUAACGAGCUCCCUCGUAAAUGGUGCACCGCUCAACAGUGGUUUGUGCACGGUGAUAAUCCUAACCCUGCGGUUACGGUAACUCUGAACUGAAUUACACCAAUAUUAAUAUUUUGUGCUUCAAAUACGCUUCAAAUGUAGAGGAAAUCUUUAAUUUCUUUUAAAAAAAAAUAUUGGGAAGAGUUGCAAACUUGAAGAACGUGACUUUUGGAGCAGAAACUCGCUGAUCUGCAUGACUUCUCUUAAAAAUGGUGUAAAGUGGGCAGAGUCUACAGGUUAUUCUGUGAUUCUGUUACGCAGUGGCACGUUCUUUCCCCCCCCCCUCCAUAAAUUGUUUUUUCUUUUCUAAGAUAAAAAUUAAUGGCAGGUGCAGAGAUCUUGAUAUCACACUCUGCUUUACGUAGUCAAAAGCUGAGCAGACUCCAGCCAUUCUGUGUUUCACACGGUGAAAGAAUAACUUUCUUCGUUAUCCUGACCUGCUGUGCUACGUCUGCUUCCACGCUGGAACAACCAAAAAUUCCUAUUUCUAAGCCGUUCACAGUUGUGAUACGAAGUUUAGGGAACAACCUCCAGGCUUUUUGGAAAUUCACUGGCUACCACCUGCAAAUGACAAAAUCAAAGGAUAGAAAUAAUAAAAAAGGAUAAUCCAAAAGCUUAUGCCACCUGAAAUGUGUGCGGUGCUGGAUCGUGCAGCUCCAGAACUGGGUUACCCAUCCCAGCAAUAAAUACAUUUUUUGCAUUCGUGUGGUUAGUUAAUUGCUGUGAAUUCAGGAAUAUCUUCGGUUCCCAUUCAAAUGACGGAGGGCGUGGGUAGAUGGGUGAGAUGAAUCGAUGGCGCAGGCUCCCGGCGUGGAGGGAACUUCGUUUCUCCAUGUCCCGCGGUCCAGGUUGUCCAGCUUGGCGUGUCGGUCCAGUGUUUGCCUGGCUAAACAACCGCUGGUUCUUGCUAGCCUGCAAGAAAACAGCCUCUGGGCUAAUUUUCGGCUGGAUUACCGAGUUGAUUAGCGAGCUGUCUUGCUGCACGACGUUUACAAGGGCUUAACGACGGAGGGUGCAGAACUGCUUGGCCAAAAAGGAGGAGCUCCUCGGGACCUCCACUUUUUAGCGGUAGUGAGCCGAUACAUUGGGUCAGUCCUACCUCAUAGCUCCGUCCUAAAUAUGUUUUAGGAUCUAAAUCCUAAAUAAAAAUGGGUCAAUUUGGAUGAAGAACAGCAAGGGGAAGAGUGUAUCCAAUUGAAGCAGCAGGCCAGGUCCUCUUCAAGCAUUAGGGCUGGGGACUUGGUUGCGCAGAGUUGAUGUGUUAGUGCGUUUUUUAUGGCAAUUUAUUCUGUAUGGAUAAUCGAGGGAGGAAAAGCUCGUUUCAUCUAAGCUGAGAAGAAAAGCUGCAAGUUGCCUGGUCUAUAUCAAAGGCCGGAUUAACUAUAUGGCUGUCAUUUUUAAAAACGGUUUCUUUUUUGGCAUGUUGGCGAAAGAGGGUACAUUUAGUGCUAGAGUUAUGUGAAAUUCCUAUGUUUUCCGUUGAAUACAUUUUAGUAUUUGUAAUCAAGUUAUAGUUGUCUCUUUCUUAGCAGAUCCAUCGGUCUUCGCUUAUCGUGGUCCAACUCUUCUCUCUGCAUCUGGAUACUAAAUUACGUCGGAAAUCUGACUGUGAGUGAGACUUGAAUUAAAUUAAUGGGAACAUGUGCGCCAGUAAGGACAGAAAAAUUUGGACCAUAAAUCACCUAAUUUUCUCAAUGAGUUUAUCUUGCCAUUAACCAUUUGUUAAUUACCAGAGAACAAAAUUCCUUUGCAUUAAAAUGUAUCUGCCUGAGAAUAUUUCAUUUGACAGCAGGUAAAAGACUCUGGUCUGGUACCGUAAGGACUGGGAGGGUGUUUUAACAAAUUCUGGGUAUAUAAAGGAAGAUUUAGACUUUUUUUUUAUGCUUCGAAUAACUUAUUUUAAACAUUCUUCUGCUUUCCCGGAAGACUUCCUCUAAGUUUGGUUCCUUUUUUUUUUAGCUGGUACUAGCGGAGGGACUCGAUAAACUGCAAAAGAAGCUUUUGAUGUUACGGGAAAGAGGAGGAGGGAGGAAAUAAGACGUGAAGAGUUUUGUAACAGCAGAGAUGUUCCUGCGUUUUACGCGUAGCUGCUAACCGAAUGGAUGAGCGCUGAUCAAAGAGAGCGAGGGCGAAUCUUCCUUCUGCUGAGAUGCGCAUGAGCUUGCGAAAAGGGUUGAGAAAUAACUUUCGAGCGCAAAAAAAUGGUUAGCGCUGCCGCGAGCGUGGUGCGGGUUGCGUCGAGGACGGAGAGCUCGAGAUCGAGUCUGGGUUCUAA